AUGCGGAGGUACUACAGGAUGCACCUCCUUCUGGAAAAACGAGAUAAACAGCACCUGGCUCUGCAGAGCAGAUUGCUGUUUGACGAGUGCUGCCGGUGCAGACCGCUCCUUCCUGGACCGAUAACAACAGAAAGCGGUGUUCUUCGACUCGCGGAGCCGAAUCUCCCCAAAAUUCUUCGGAUCUUGCGAAACGAAGCCAACGAUGGAUUGGAUCUGUUGCAGCCACACGGACUAGCACAAUACACCGUCAUGCACGUGGCAACUCAACGGGGGUACACAGACCUGGUCAAGGAACUGAUCAUGCAUUGGAAUGAGCAUCCGAUGAAUUCCCCGUACCAAAAGUACAGCUUUAUGCAGCUCAGUCAUCUGCUGGAGUUGAUUCUCGAAAUGCGCAGAGCGAAGCGCUUGGUGAGCGAAUCGGAUGCUGAGAUGAGAGCGCUCGUGGCGGAUGUUGGGGUAUCUUUCGCUCGGUUUUCCGAUUCGCUUGAUAAGUUGAACGAAGAUGCUAUUACGCUACAGGACCUGCUUCAAAUUUGCGGACACCCGCUGGUCCUCUCGAAAGACGCUGCCGGUAAUACCCCUCUGCAUUAUGCGGCGGAGGGUGGCCAUCUCACACUAUGCAAAAUUCUGUUGGCAAACGGUGCCAAUAUCAACGCUCAAAACAAAUCCGGAGAAACCCCACUGCACUUUGCCAUCGCUAGCCAGCGUCACGGAGUUUGUAUUCACUUUGUGGAGCAUCACGCGGACGUACGAAUUUCACGCUAUGUGUCGCUCACGACACUCACUGGUACUGCCCUGCGAGGGACAUUCGUGGAAUCCCCCGAUGGCAAAGCGAAAGCCAAGCUAUUGAACUUUCGAUCUGGAGCCAUGGUACAGCACAAGCGUCCACCUAAUGGAAACAGCCAUCUACCGCAAUACAAAACUCUGGCUGGGGGUGCUGCAGCUGUGUCACCCGAAAGUGCACCAGGAAGGUCCAAUGUCCGACACGAUGCCGUCGGUGCCGCAAAUGAUAGCACAUGCUCGACAAUUGACGGUUUGCUCGCUUCUCCGUUCCUGUGCACUCGGGAUCGUCGAGAUAUCGUGUUCUUUCGUUCGGCUCCCGGGUAUUCGAUUUUACCGCCAAAUACGCUAGGAAUACUUGUUGCCUCGGAACAUGUUGCUCCUUCGGAAAUGAACAAAGCGCGAGAACUGCACGAGAGAAGCAAGUUAUUUCACCUCCUAAUCCAGAAUGUCCCCGAAGCGGCCGUUUUGGCCAUGGAUUCGUUCCGAAAUCCACUAUUCCGCUGCAGCAUGCUCAAGCGCGUUCGCGAGCGCAACCAACGCUGGAUAGUCAGCAAUCAGCUCAAGACAUUUGAAGAAAAAAGAGAUGCACUGAUUGUUCAAAUGAAAGGCCAAGUAAAAGGCAGUCGUUCGCCUAGACGCAAGCGAAAACGAGGGCCAGUCAUGCAAGCGCUAGACCGCUUGCGAAAGAUUUUGAAGAAAGUUUGGAAGUUCCUGCGACGCGUGAGAAGCGUGCUGAGUGUGCAGCACGUGUUCACAGUGACUGAAAAUGAGGCUGGACAUAUGGAGAAGAUUGUUUGUGAGCCCAAGGGAAUUCUGUACGAGUACGUGUAUGACCAUGCAGAGUUUCGCGGGCGUCAUAGCCCCACACUUUGGAUGAUCGUGCAGACAGAAUGCAAGGAUCUCAUUUUCCACCCGUGGUUCCGACAACUAUUGGAUCACAAAUGGAAUUCAUUCACUCGGCAAACAUUUCGCUCGGAAUUCAAAGUAUAUGCUGUGUACUUUGUCGCAGUAUUUGUUGCCACAUACUUGCGUGUUGGGGAUACAUUUGUAGGUAUGCCCCUAGGCGGCUACCGGAACAACAUAUUCACUGAGGAUGUAGGGUACAUGGAAUACAUUCGUGAUGCAGCGCGACUCGUAUACUCGGUGAUCAACGCGAACUAUACAAUUCAAGAGUAUCAGGCAUAUCGCGAGUGUGGGAGCCUUCGAGUGUACCUUCGAGAUGGCUGGAAUUGGUUCGAUCUAGUCCAGAUUUCUUGUGUAUGGUUGCUGCUGGUUGCUGAAGUCCUCGAACUGAUCUUGCCAGACUUUGAUCAGGAGGACUUUAGACUUAUCGUCUAUCAGGAGUCGCUGUACAGCUUUAACGUUCGUCGAAGGUACAGUUUUCGCAUCACGUUGAUGGCGAUCGCACGAGAGCACUUGGACCAUUUGUUCGCAUGA